AUGACUUCAUCAAGUAAAAUACAGAUACUAAGAACUGUACAACAAGUAAGACAAUGGAGACAUCAAUCACUAAUAAAUAAUCAGUCAGUAGGAUUUGUACCAACAAUGGGGGCAUUACAUCAAGGACAUUGUUCAUUAGUUGCACAAUCUUUAAAAGAAAAUGAUAAAACAAUAGUUUCAAUUUUUGUAAAUCCAUCACAAUUUGCACCUCAUGAAGAUUUAAAUAAUUAUCCAAGAACUUUAGAUAGAGAUUUAGAAAUUUUAUCUAAUCAAUUUAAAAAUAAAUCAAUUGAUGCUAUAUUUGUACCUAAAAUAUCAGAAAUGUAUCCUAAUGGAAUUGUAUUGGAAGUUGAUAAACAAAGAGGGACUUUUGUAACUGUACAUGGAUCAAGUGAACAAUUAGAAGGAGUUACAAGACCUCAAUUUUUCAGAGGUGUUGCUACUAUAGUAACUAAAUUAUUAAAUAUUGUUCAACCAACAAGAGUUUAUUUUGGUCAAAAAGAUGCACAACAAUGUGUUGUUAUCAAGAAUUUAGUAAAAGAUUUAAUAAUACCUACUGAAGUAAGAGUAAUGCCUACUUUAAGAGAAUCAAAUGGUUUAGCUAUGUCUUCGAGGAAUGAAUAUUUAUCGAAAGAAAUAAAAGAUAAAAGUUCAAUAAUUUAUAAAGCAUUAUGUAAUGGUGAAAAUUAUUAUAAUGACAAAAUAAUAAAUCAUAAUCAAAAUUCAGUUGAUUCCAAAAAAAUUAUAAAAGAAAUUUAUGAUUUAAUUAAACAAGAACCAGAUUUUGAUAUAGAAUAUAUUGCAGUAAGUCAUCCAGAGACAUUAGAAGAUUUAGAUCAAGUUACUCCUGGAUUAGGUGCAAUAGUUUCUUGUGCAGUAAAAGUUCCAAAAGAAAAUAGUAAUGAAAAAGCAAGAUUAAUUGAUAAUAUAAUUUUACAAUAA